GCAUUCCCAUAUUUAAUUUAUAUGCAUAUUUGAUUGUAUCUUCAAGUUCUAAAACGUCAGGAUGAAGAAAUUAAAACUUAAAGAACUUGAAAGUUGUCUUCAGCAAGUUGAUGGUUUUGAGGAUCCAAAACUGCUACUCGAACAAUAUCCAACAAGGCCACAUAUAGCAGCAUGUAUGCUUUAUACAAUUCACAAUACAUUUGAUGAUAUUGAAAACAAGAUUGUUGCAGAUCUUGGAUGCGGUUGUGGUGUGCUGAGCAUUGGUAGCGCCAUGUUGGGAGCCGGGCUGUGUAUAGGCUUUGAUGUUGAUGCUGAUGCUUUGGAAGUAUUUAACAGAAACGCUGAAGAGUUUGAACUCACAAAUACUGACAUGGUUCAGUGCAAUGUAUGUUCCUUACCUGAGGAAAUGGCAAAAGCAUUUGAUACCGUCAUUAUGAAUCCUCCCUUUGGAACCAAGCACAAUAAAGGCAUGGAUAUGGCUUUUCUCAAGACAGCUCUGCGGAUGGCGAGAACGGCUGUUUAUUCCUUGCAUAAAACGUCAACCCGCCAACAUAUUCAGAAGAAAGCUGAUGACUGGAAAGUGAAGAUGGAAGUUUUAGCAGAACUAAGGUACGACCUACCAGCAUCAUACAAAUUCCACAAAAAGAAAUCAGUGGACAUCGAAGUAGAUUUUAUUAGAUUCUCGAGUGAAGAAUGAAAACAAAUGAAGGAAUGACUUAAAACUUCU